CACGGCCCAAACCUACCAUAUACCCUAAAGGCCUAACACUGAAUUACUACAUUCAUAUAAAACCCUAAUUUCCCCCACUCCGCCUCCAUCCGGAGUCUGUGUGAGAGGGAUCAGCCAUGUCGAAGCGAGGUCGUGGAGGUUCCGCCGGGAACAAGUUUCGGAUGUCGCUCGGUCUUCCAGUGGCUGCGACGGUCAACUGUGCUGACAAUACUGGUGCCAAGAACCUUUACAUCAUAUCAGUGAAGGGAAUCAAGGGACGGCUUAAUCGUCUUCCUUCGGCUUGCGUCGGAGAUAUGGUUAUGGCUACUGUGAAGAAGGGUAAGCCAGAUCUGAGGAAGAAGGUUAUGCCUGCCGUUAUUGUUCGUCAGCGCAAGCCUUGGCGCCGAAAGGACGGUGUCUUCAUGUACUUUGAAGACAAUGCUGGAGUUAUCGUGAAUCCCAAGGGUGAAAUGAAGGGAUCUGCUAUUACUGGACCGAUUGGAAAGGAGUGUGCUGAUUUGUGGCCCAGGAUUGCUAGUGCUGCCAAUGCAAUUGUGUAGCCAUGUGAUGUGAUGUUAGGAGGUGUGUACUGUUGUAGGGUUGUUUUGUUGGAUAUGACGUAUUUAAUAUGUGGUUGAUGUUUGAGAAUUUUGGUAGAUUUUAAGACCUUUACUCAUUUCAUUUUAUA